AUGAGCGAUUGGGGUAAUGCAUUCGAUGAGCAGUGUCGAUCGGAAGCCCUUGAAGUGCCGGAAAAGACCGAGAAGUUACAGUCAAACUCGGAUAUGGAUCAAAAUGAAGAAAAUAAAGGAUUUGGCGGCGUCGGUCGAGGAGGAAUGUUCGGUGGAGGACUCAAAAUGAACGCGCCACCACCACAGACUUCGUUUGGCGCCACUUCAGGAACUAGAGUUGGAGGUUCAUUCGGAAAUCCAGGAGGUCCGGACGGCAGAGGUGCGGCGAUUGGUUCAUCUGAAGAGCUCAAUGGAGGAGGUAACAUAAUAUCUGUCGGCUACCGCAAGGAAAAGUCUGCAUGCGAUUUCACUAGAGGUGGUGGUUUUGGUACUAACCGCAGCACUGCACCGUCUGCACCGACUAUCAUCAAAACUAAUCAUGAAGGAGGUCGUUUCGGUGUUUUGUCCCCUAGAUCGUUCAACUCUAACGAAUCUGCUGAUCAACCGAAAGUUAACGGAGGACGGUUCGGGGCGUCUCAAGCCUCCAUCAGCCGCACGUCUGUUGGAGGAGCGUUUGGAUCUAAAUCAUCUAAUCCUUCUCAAAGCACUCCAACACCAGCAUUUUCAUUUAGCACAACAAAAACGGAAAACAGUGCACCAUCAAAAUCUUUUGGUGGUGGUUUAGGGCCUUCUUCAAAACCUCCAGCAGGUGGAAGCUUCGGCUCGGCAGCCAAACCUCAAACCUCCAGUAAAAACGGGCGGAAGCUUCGGAUCCUUUUAAAACCUCCUGGAACAACUGGUGGAGGAUUUGGUUCCUCUACCAAAUCGGCUACAACAGUUGGAGGUGGUUUCGGUUCUUCAAAUAGAGCACCAACAACAACGGAAGCUAGUUCCGGAUCAUCUUUAAAGCCACCUACAACAGCUGGAGGAAGUUUCGGUUCUACUAAAUAUCAAUCAAUGACAGGUAGUGGAGCUUACGGAGCUAAUCCAUCUGUCCCAGUUAUUGAUUCGACGACUGAGCUCAAAACAGUUGAUGACGUGAAACAACCCGCUGAAAGAACAGGAGGUGGAUUCGGAGCAAAUCCUCUUUCUGAUAAUGCUCCGAAACCUUCAGUCGGCGGAGCAUUCGGUGCUUCCAAAUCGAGUUCAAAACCCUCAGUUGGUGGGGCAUUUGGUAAAAAACCUACCGCCAUUCUUCCACCAAUGAACGUUCCUCCACCAACAUAUAUGAACGGUAAAAUAGAAAAUGAUGCUACUGCCCAACUACAAGUUUCCCAUCAAGACAAAGAAAACAAUUCUGAGCCUCGUUCAAUGGGAAACAGUUCCUUUGGUUCGAGAGUACCUGAAGUGAUGGAAGAGAGAAAAGCCAUUGAAUGUAGCGUUGGUAGACAACCAUCGCAAGAUGCGAAUAGUCCACAAUUCGGACGUCCAGCACCAGUAUUUUUCAAGUCAAGCAAUGAAGAGGAGAACCAGGUAGCACCACAGAUCAAGGAGAACGAAAAAUCAGAGAGCAUGUCAUCAGCUAUUGAAGCCAAUCCAAGUAGGCCAAUCGAGGGAAGUUUCGGAAGAAAAUCCACCAUGCCUGACAGCACGCCGACUGGCAUGGAACCCACCGAAAAAGAGAGUCCAAACGCACCAUUCAUGUCAGGUCCGCCACCAGCAAUGAGAGGAGGUUUUCAAGGGGGAUUCAGAGGAGGACGCGGAGGAGGACAAAUGGAUUUUGGUGGACCCGGUCAAGGACGUAAGUAUCAGACAUCGAGAGGGAAUAAUGUUAAAUGGGACGAGGCAGAGGUCAACCGAACCCAUCUUUCGUACCUCAACAAAGAACAGGACCUCCACAAUUUGCAGUUGGACAGCAAGCAGUUAAACCGGUUGGUUUUCGAAAUUUAUAGUCAAAGAAAUAAUUCAAAUUUGAUUCAGGAUCCGAAGUACAAGUACACGAAGUCAACUGACACGGACCCUCAUGAAAAAGUUCCUGUUCCUGCAGAUAUUGCACUUCUCAAUAAAUUCAUUCAAAAAGAAGUCAAAAUGAUGAAAGAUACAGUGGUUGAUGUACAACGUCAAGAUCCAAAGUCACCACUCUAUUCGAUUUCAUCAUUCCGGGAACUUCGUCUCAAGCCGGAAGUCCUUCAGGCUCUUGACAGUCUCAAUUUUCAAUUCCCAACAAGAAUCCAGGAGACUGCUUUGCCGUUGCUUCUUAUGGAACCACCAUCAAACUUGAUCGCACAAGCUCAGUCGGGUACUGGAAAGACUGCUGCAUUCGUGCUCACGAUGCUCUGUAGAAUUGACAUAAAUUUAAAGUGCCCACAGUGUAUCUGCUUGGCACCUACACUUGAGUUGGCUAAACAGAUCGGAGAGGUUGUUGAAAAGAUGGGAAGAUAUAUGGAGAAUCUGAAAAUCCAUUACGCGAUUAAAGGAGGAAAUAUGGCCGCGAUGAGAGGGAGGAAGCUGACAGAACAGAUUGUCAUUGGAACUCCAGGAAUCACUCGUGAUUAUUUGCAAAAGUACAAAUGCAUCGAUCCAAGUCAGAUCAGAUGCUUGGUUCUGGACGAAGCUGAUGUCAUGAUUUAUCAUCAAGGAUUCACUGAUAUCUCCACAACUAUCUACAACAUGGUCGAAGAAGCCUCCGAUUCAGUUCAAUCCAUGCUAUUCUCUGCUACAUAUGAUGAACCUGUUAUCAAUUUCGCCACAAAAAUCAUCAAGAAUGCCAUUGUUGUCAUGUUGAAACGCGAGGAGCAAGCUUUGCCUAACAUAAAACAGUUUUUUGUUCAAUGUGCUUGCAGAGAUUCAAAAUAUGCGGCCAUCGUUAAUCUGUACAGUGGACUGGCUGUCGCCUCAUCCGUCAUUUUCUGUCACACGAAGGCCAGUGUUAUGUGGUUGUACGAGAACAUGAAGGCACGUGGCCACAAGGUUGAUGUGCUCCAUGGAGAUAUGAGUGUCGUCGAGCGAGCUGAUACAAUCAUUCGAUUCAAACGCGGCGACUUCAAAGUGCUCAUCACGACGAAUGUAUUCGCUCGUGGAAUUGACGUUGCGCAGGUGUCCGUUGUGAUUAAUUACGACCUACCGAUCAAGUACAACGAGCAUGAUAGUCCAAUGGUCAUUGACGGCUUCACACAACCUGAUUGUGAAACUUAUCUUCACCGUAUCGGAAGAACUGGACGAUUCGGAAAGACUGGAAUCGCCAUCAAUUUGAUCGACUCGGAAGACUCGAUGAACAUGAUCAAUGUGCUCGAGAAUCAUUUCCAAAUGAAGAUCGCUCGAAUGGAUCCAUCGAACAUCGUGGAGUUGGAAGCCAUAGAAAUGGCAUAA